AUGGCAUUUAUUUCGAAGUCCUUUUUGAAUGAUUGCCACUACUGCACAAAUGGACACGUCGAAGAUCGCAGUGGCCGGAAAGAGAAAUUACUAGCCAUUGCUCAACGUGUACAAUCGGAAUACUCAUUCAAACGAGUUACACAAAGGAGCGACCUUUAUGAUGAAUUAUUGGUGGCAUCAGCAGAAUAUGGUUUAAAUUUGGAAGGAGGCGCCUUUCGAUCACUUCGUGGGGAACCAUUCGAAAGCGAAAAGGCUAUCCUUUGGCUUGGACGUGACAACAAUGGAUUUGCAUUGGUAUGCGAUACUCAUGAAAAUCGCAUGUUGGCUGAAAACACUUUGCGAUUGCUUUGCAAAUUCCUACAACCCCAUAUCAAAAACACUUCACAAGGAACGGAGCCUGUUCUAUUGGUGGAUCGUAUAGCCGCAAUAGUUAACCGAUUUCUGCCCAACGGGCAGCUCUUAUUCUUAAAUCAUCGAAUAAUAAGACACUUUGAAAAAGAAUUGGAGAUGCUACUAUCAGCUUAA